CACGUAGUGCGUAUCAUAUCGAUCGAUCAGUUCUUUUUCGUAACAACGCUUGGAAUUCUCUGAUCAGAAUCGAUGCGUGUUAACGGUGCACAAUAAUAGGAAAAUAAUAAUAACAGAGAAUUAUGAAAGCAAAUACAAUUAGCCAAGUGACAAAAAUUUGGCUACGAAUUUUUGGUAUGUGGCCGGACAAAUCGUGCGUUUUGUUACGUAGACUGUUCUGGUUCGUCAUGCUCGUAGUCGAGCAAAUCCUUCAAUAUCGAUAUGUCAUAAUGCGUUAUCAUUUGCUCGAGUUUUCCGAGAUAAUGAACGUUUUGAGUUCAGUAAUGACGUAUACGGUGUUUUUAAUUAAAGUCGUCAUUUUUUGGUACAAGCAGCGAACUUUCAACAGAAUAUUAACGAUGAUGGCGAUUGACUUGGGAAAGAGUUCCAGCACAAAAUUCAGUAUGUUUGCGACGAUGUACAAUGUCAAACUGUCGCAGCGCUUCGCUAAUAUGACGGUGAUUAUUUAUUCGACAGCUGUAACUUUUUUUAGCUUCAGCAUCGUCAUAAAACGCGUGAAUGAUGACACAGCUUCCAACGUUUCCACACGACUGCUCAUUCUAGAGAUGGAUUUGCCAUUUGACACUAGUCAAAGAUUUGUGUAUGAAUCGGUCAUAAUUGUUCAAUUUCUUUAUUUGCUACUGUGUGCCGACGCAAACGGUUUAUUAAAUGCUCUACUCAUUAAUCUGGUAUUGCAUGCAAGCGGUCAAAUCAAUAUUCUUCGUAAGAGUUUGAUGGAAAUUUUUACAAAGAAAGGAGAGAGCAGCCCGAAUCAACUCAUGAUUAAAAAAUUAAUAAGAAAACACCAGAAAAUUAUCAUCUUUUCAGAGCAGAUUGAAGAUCUGUAUUCGUAUAUCGCAAUGGUGCUGUUUGUAUCAGAUACUGUGAUUACGUGCUGCUUAGGUGUUACAAUUGUCGCGUCGAUUGGUCAACCCGAUGCUUGGAAAAGUAUACUCAGGAAUUUAAUGUUUUACUUCGUUAUGAAUAUGGAGGCGUUCAUAUUUUGUUUCGCUGGAGAAUACUUGAGCGCUAAGAGCAAAAGCAUUGGAGAUGCUGCUUACGAUUCCCUAUGGUACGAAUCAGGUUCCAGAGACAGUCGAAGUAUAUUGUUCUUAAUAAUGAGGUCGCAAAAUCAAUUAACCAUUACGAUUGGAAAGAUAAUGAAUUUGUCUCUUGAACGAUUUAGUAGUAUUAUAAAGGCUUCGGGUUCCUAUAUAUCGGUCCUACUUGCAAUGUAUUGAACAAAACUACAUUAUAUUUGCAUAGAACCUUUAAUCAGCAUUAACAGCUGGUUAUUGUUUAGGUUGUUUAGGCUGGUUAGUUGCAAAAAAAUUGCAUAUGUAUUAAAGUGACAAAAACCGU